UUUAGUUUUGAUAGAAAGGAAUGUCCCCAAUGGAUUCCAGAUUCUCGAAGCUGGCCUUGUUCACCACGUGAACCAUUAAGUCGUGGACUUUAUUGUGAUGAAUAUAAGUAUAAAACUAAUUAUACAAAUACUUCGGGAUGUCUGGUUGAUAAAUAUGCUCCAUGUGGAACUACAACAAUGGCUAGUGAUUUUAUUAGUGAUAGAGUGAUUCAUACAAGUAGUUCAGCAGAAACGAAUUCAUACCUUGAAAGAACACCUAAUCUUUAUAAGGAUUGUCAUCCACAAGUUAUUCACCGACCAAGUGAUUGUUCAACAAAACAAGAACAACGCGUUUUUCUUCGAUGUCUUCAACCACCGGCUCCAGAACCAGGAAUGCUCAUUAUUAAAGAAGUGCGUCCACCCCAGCCACCGCCACUUCCACCACUUAUUAUACGUGAACAGCCACCAGCUCGUUGUUCACCACCUGCACUUAUCUUACGUGAGCGGCCACCACCACCACCACCACGUAUUCCCUGUCAAACAAUUACUCGUUGUGUACCUGCUUUACCUGUUCCACGACGAUCAGUUAUCAUCGAACGUUUUCCACCUCCUCCAGAAAAACCACGCGAUAUUAUAAUUGAACGAUGGCUUCCCUACGAACGUCCAACUCAACGUCGUACAAUUGUUGAACCUGCUCCUCCUGCUCCAGCUUAUCCACAACCGCGUAAUCAGUUUAUUAUUUAUGAUUGUGCUAAAUCAUGUGUAUAUCGACGAUUUCGAUACCUUGGUGUUUCGCAAAAAGAUCCUUGCAGUUAUAUAGCUCGUUAUGGGGCAUCGCUUUUAGAUCCAGCAACACUUGUUCAACGGGCUCGUAAUGCUGGUGUUACUGAGGAUAUAUCGUGUCCGGGACGAUCAUAUUCAAAAUAUAAAAAUACAUGUCAAAGUACUAUUGAUUAUGAUUGGUCAAAUGAUGCAAUCAAUCGAUGUGUUUCACCAUCCUAUGAAACUAAUUAUGAUGAAUGUCCACGAACUUGUGGUACAGAAGCUUAUAAUGUUGGUAAACCAUGUUAUUCAUCAGAAGCACCCAACUUGAUUUCUGACAAUGCUUCACCUGACGGUGCUACUCAUGCCGAAGGUGAAUAUCAUCCUGUUGAUGCUAGUCGCAAUGAUAUUGUUAUUGACAACAGUGAACUAUAA